AAGAUCUACCAGUUCGCCGCCGACCAUCGAGGUAGACGGUUGUGUUUGUGUCUCGUCAUGCAUUAUAUAUCGUGAUCACGUGAAUGAAUUUUCGUUACUGAACAUUAAUCGAACCGCCGAAGUACUACGAACAAAUCAUACAUGCAUUAUUAUUAUUAUUAUUAGAAAUAAAAUGUGAAUGCUGUCAGUAUUAAAAAUGGUGCUAUGCAUUGUGCUGCUUGUCCUGUCAACAACGUCGGGUCUGGUCCAAGGAUGGGGCAUUAGUCACGGAUAUCCUGGAACCGGUGCAAAAUGCGAGCGGCUCAGUGUAUCCUUUUGUCGGGGACUGCGUUAUAAUUUGACCGCGAUGCCGAAUUUCAUGGGACACGAGGAUCAACGACUAGCCGAACGAGGGUUGACGGCCUUCAUGCCAUUGGUCCACUAUAAUUGUUCGAGACAUCUGAGACUUUUCUUGUGCUCCGUCUUCGCUCCAGUCUGCUCGGAACAUGUGGCUAUGCAGAUACCAGCCUGCAAAUCCCUCUGUCUUUCCGUAAAAAGGGACUGCGAGCCGGCCUUAACUAGCUUCACCUUACCGUGGCCGCACAUGCUGGAUUGCGAUCGCUUUCUCGAUCGUGGAAACGCGCUGUGCGUACAGCCACCGGAUGAAACGUGGGACGACACCAGCCCGUUAGUGUUGCCCACUGUUCAGCAGCCAACGAUGCACGAACAGACGCCGCAAAUUUCUAUCCAGACGCAACAACAUCAGCACCAGCAACAUAAUCAAUGUCCGCCUCAUUUCGUGCAGAUACCUGACGUGGAAACGAUUUCUUGCGCACCGCAUUGUGGCACCGAUGCGUAUUAUCGCGCAGAGGACAAGAGAUUCGCCGAACGUUGGAUGACUGGCUGGGCAUGGUUGUGCUUUCUGUCGACUCUCUUCACCUUGCUGACCUUUUGGGUCGAGCCGUCCAGGUUUCGUUAUCCUGAAAGGCCGAUAGUUUUUCUGGCGCUCUGCUACAACCUUCUCUCCGUCGCUUACAUUAUUCGGGGCUUAAUCGGCGCUGAAAAGCUCAGCUGCGCCAGUCAAGUUGACGGGCCAAGCUACGUUCCGGUCCACGAUGCUUUGAAGAGUGUCCCUUGUACGGUUUGGUGGCUGAUCAGGCAUUAUCUGGGAUUAGCUGGCAACACGUGGUGGGCUAUGUUGUGCGGUUGCUGGCUAUUGAGCGCCAGGAAUGAAUGGAGCAGCGAGGCUCUUCACAAUAUUGCAACCUAUCUUCAUGUGACCGCCUGGAUUAUCCCGGCGCUCUUUACAGGAGGAAGCCUGUUAUCGCGCAACGUGGUGGCGGACGAAUUGACCGGACUAUGUCAAAUCGCGGAUGAGUCGGCUUUAUGGCUGGAAGUGCUGCCGCAUGCUGUUCUGUUGCUGCUAGGCUGCAUAUUCGGUAGCAUCGCUGGGAGCGCGUUAGUCCGCGUGCGGAGGGCCGUGCGCUGUGCCGGGCGUAGUGCGACCAAGCUGGAGCGCUUGAUGACGCGACUAAGUAUUUUCGCGCUAUUGUACGCACUGCCAGCACUGGGCGGCCUCGUCUGCGUGCUGCACGAAGCUUCGGUAAGACCGCGAUGGCAAAAAUUAGCAUUGCUGGCGGCGCUGGAUUGCCGCGCUGUCCAAAACUGCACCCCGGGCCCGGUCUAUCGGGCCGCCGGCCUCGAGGUCGCCCUUCUCAGGCUCUUCCUGUCUCUCGCGGUCGGCGUGACUUCCGGCAUGUGGGUAUGGUCCGGUAAGACCUGCCGCACCUGGACCAAACUGUUCGCCGCGCCUAGCAAACCUUCCAGAAUACACACUCCUUUUCAAGACUUCAAGCAAGAUAUCGCCUAAGUAUCUUAAAGUUAAACAUGACAGAGCAUUCGUUUGAAGAAUGUCGUAAAAAGGGAUCUAAAGUUUUCAAUCUUGCGACUUCGGAAGUGUUUUAGACAUUCCUUAAAUAUUAGAAUAGUUUGUAAAGAAAAAGACUAAUCGGAGCAUUGUAAUAGUGCGUAUUGUUGUGGACUUAUUUAUCGGAUUAAUUAUGCUAAUAAUAGUUACGAGAUGUGGAGCAAUAAGCGCUAAAACUAACAAUGCAUUUGUAUAUAUACGUUGUACAUAUUGUAAAAGAAACAAUGUAUGCUCGAAAGAAUGAAUAUGUGUAAGAAAUUUCAUGAAUUCUUGAAUAAUUAAGAAUUUAGGGUAUUUACAAAUAAGCACUUUUUCAACAUCUUUUCUUUUUGAUA